CGUUAUCGGGGCGCGCCCGGAAACCCCAAGGCCCAGGCGGCUCUCAGAUCCGGGGGCUGCGGAUAAAUGGCCGUAGGCCGCGGGCAGCGAGAUGUUGCGUUCCGGUGUGGGUGUGCCUCCGACGGCGUCUCGGUGCCAGUGUCGAGGUUCUUUCUGCUUAGCUACCCGGAGCCGACUACGGAGGAGGACACCUGAGUUUACGUCUCUUCCAUCUGCUACUCACCUCAGCUGCCUGCGUCCCCGACGAGAGCCAGGUGACACUUAACUCCGCCAUCUGCGUUUUGAGCACUGAUCUCAUAAUGGAGUUUCCUGAUUUGGGGAAGCAUUGUUCAGAAAAGACUUGCAAGCAGCUAGAUUUUCUUCCAGUAAAAUGUGAUGCGUGUAAACAAGAUUUCUGUAAAGAUCAUUUUCCAUACGCUGGACAUAAGUGUCCGUUUGCAUUCCAGAAGGAUGUUCACGUCCCGGUAUGCCCACUCUGUAAUACCCCCAUCCCAGUAAAAAAGGGCCAGAUACCAGACGUGGUGGUUGGUGAUCACAUUGACAGAGACUGUGACUCUCACCCUGGGAAGAAGAAAGAGAAGUUCUCCCUGCUGUGGCUGUGCCCUGGGACCCUCAGCCUCUGGAGGUCUCUUAAGCCUCUGAGACAUCGCAGCUCUCUGGCGCACCCGCUUCUUCCACACGACACAGCUUCCCUCGCUGGGGGCUCACCCAGCACUGCCCCAAGGCCCCCACACAGAUUUUUACAUACCGUUGCUCAAAAGAGGGCUGCAAGAAGAAAGAGAUGCUGCAGAUGGUAUGUGCCCAAUGUCACGGCAACUUCUGUAUCCAGCACAGACACCCUUUGGACCACAGCUGCAGACACGGGAGUCGCCCCACCAUCAAAGCUGGGUGAGGAGACUCCGCUGCGAUGGCUCGGAGCACGCAGUAGCAUGUGUGGAAGCAGCUUACACUCUAGUGGGAAGUGGAGCCCCAUUGAGCACCAUCCCACACUGGCUGCUGAUCUUGUUUGUUGAGGGAGAUGGGACUAUAAUAAAAUUGAAUGCUGAA